CAGUGCGAUGUAGAUGAGAAAAACGAACAUGUCAGAAGCUGCGACGAACUACGAUUCAAAUAACAGCAAUGCUGGCCCACCUCAGCUGGCUGUUGGUCUUCUAUCCAUAAGAGAUGUUACAACAACAUUGAAACAGCCAGAUCUACCCGUUGAUAUUCUUUUAGUAACAGUUAAGGACUGCGAGUUCUUAGCUUGUUACAAUGAGCUUAAAGAUCCCUUUGGAUGUCAUUUUGAUGGUCUUGGUUACGUUUACUUCGCGGACGUUGGCGGAAGUCAGCCAGGGCGAGUGAAAGUAGCACUAAUGAGGUGUCAUGAAGGUUCUAACUGUCCGGGUGGCUCUCUCACUGCCGUUAGGAAUGCCGCCCCUAUUCUACGACCCAAGGCCGUGAUAUCUGUUGGGGCAUGCAGUGGUCUCAACCCUGACAAAACCAAGUUAGGAGAUGUCAUUGUAUCAGCCAAGCUAACAACAUAUGCAUCCAAAGUAGUGACAAGCGACCAAGCGCAGUGGGCUGGUAUUUGCAGUCACGUGAGCAGACGGUUUCAUAACAUCAUCACCAAUUGCGCUGAUGGGUGGCAACCACCGUUGAAGAACCGAGAAGAUCACCACAUCAACGUUCAUAACAAUGGCGUGUUCUUAAGUGGUCCAGAGCAGAUCAGAGCAGAAUGGAGGCGAAAAGAACUUCUAGAACGUCAUCCCCUCGCAACAGGUGUAGAGAUGGAGGGAGAAGGUGAGUACAUGUCACUUUUAAAAGCGCCUCAGCAAGCUUACGCCAUGCACAAGACCGCAAGGUCAUGUGGGUGGCUAUAAUUCAACCAUAUAUUCGCCGUUGUCAAUGCCAUAGAAUGGUAUAACACGUCGAAAAUGCGUACCUUCAUGGCUUAGUUUGAUACAUUUUAAUUGGUUCGCGUUCUUGUCACGUGUGCCUUUUGGCUUCGUUCAUUGACCUAGCUGUCAACCUAGAAUUUUAAAGAGAGAAGAAAUAUUAUAAUUGUAGUGAAUUUCUCCAUGGCAGUUACUUUAGGUAUUAGUUGGCGGUUAUAUUGGAACAUAACGUGAAAAUUGGUCAGUUGUUUAGUACACAGACUGAGCAAUAACUGAUUUAACUUGUCCUUCAUCGACUAUAUAUACUUGUUCUUGUACUUAACUUUCUCAAGUCUAAAGCCCUGUCCACGCCAAAACAUUUUUGAAACAAUCGGUUUUCUUUACACGCUUUGUCUCUGGUGUCUGGUCUGGUCUAGUAUCGCAUGAAUAGCUCCGUCGACAUAGACAGCUUUCAAUCGCAACGCACACCUUUACGGCCGCAAAUUUGGCUUCACCGAAAAAAAGGAAUUUAGUCAGCUGCAUUAAAAAGUGGUUAUUUUCUGAAAAGACUGCGGUGCAACGUCGGUAGGAGGGUGAAACGCAUUCUUUUUUUCAAUUGAAUUUAUAGAAACAAUUUCGACUGUAAGGAGUCUCCACUGGUUCGGUCUUGGGUAUAGUGUGCACGAUGUCAGCCUCUUAGAAAUGCGGGGGUCGGCACAUUCCUGUACUUUUUUCCUGUGCUUAACUGAAAGGGACUUCUGCGGUCCCCAUGGGUUUUUUCCCCGUGGGAGGGCUCAUAAAUACAACGUGUAGAUGUUGGGGGGUUAGAGAUUGUAAGUUUGACGUUUCGAACGCCAGCCCUUUGUCAGAGCAAAUCGAGGUAUUAACUGUUUUCUGGUUUAUACAUAUCGAGUGGUGGACUAGGAGCAACCCUGUGGGAAUUGGUGGCAGUAUGGAAACAUAAAAACAAAAAAAAAGCAGUAAUAAAGAAAGCGAACGAAAAAUAUCCACGGAAAAAAGUUGCUGUCAAAAACGUAAAACGAAACGUCAUGAAAAUCAUAACCUAUCUUACUUUCUGUCCUGGGUUGUAGAAAUCUUUUUAUUCAGUCUUUUCUUGUCUCCGGUUUGUCUACUUCCAGUCUGCUAUAAAAAAGAAAUUUUCAUUCAAGUUUAAUCGUCAAAAAUAUUAUUAGAUCCGAACUACAAAAUAAAGAAUUGCAAGUGAGUCUAUGCGCCGGGCAAUUGAUUUUUUUUAGUUUCUUUUAUCGAUAAGAGGUAAUUUACAGAAAGUAAUACAUCCUAAAUGUGUUCAUUUUUUCAGGUGUUUCCACAGCUGCAUAUGAAACUCAACUCGAGUGGCUCAUUGUUAAAGGGAUAGCUGAUUUUGCAGAUGGUAAGCAAGUGAAUGCAGGAAGUUGGGAAACCUGUGCUAGUGCGAUGGCAGCAUCUCUUGUCUCACACAUACUACGUGAUCCUGGUGUUUUUCGCACUUGGCCUCAUUGCCAAGGUAUCGAUUGUUUGUAAGUUUAGCUAGUUAUAACUUAAUGCAGGAGUAGAAGAGAAUUUGCGUUUAGUUGAAUGUACUUCUAAUUAAAUGCGUUGCUCACAUUAGUCAUGAAACAAGAUAGACCUCAUUAAACUACGAGUUUAACGUUUUAAGAAUAAACCUCCCUCGAGUCGCAAUCGCCCUAGCCUGUGAACCGGCCUUUGGUCGCCCGAGAAAGACGGCCUGAAUCAACGAGCCGCUAAUACCGUCCAGUGAUGUCACUACUUCUCUGCGGCAAAAACAGAAAUAUUGUCCGGAAAGGUGUACAUGGUACAGAACUGUUUUACUGGAAAAAAGUCUUAAAUCAUGUUACAUGUUCAAACUGUUGACUGCGCUCUGUAUUCUGAACGAAUCUUUUGCUUGUAUAGCGCCAUAAUUGAAUAAUCAGACUCGAUCUCAGCCACGCAAUAAUGAAAUACACAUGGAACACUUCCUUCAAUUUGCUUUCAUUUAAAAUUGUUUUACUGGAAGAAAGCCUUAAAUCAUGUUAAACGUUCAAACUGUUGACUGCACGCUGUAUUCUGAAUGAAACUUUUGCUUGUAUAGCGCCAUAAUUGAAUAGUCAGACUCGAUCUCAGCUACGCAACAAUGAAAUACAGACACUUCCUUCAAUUUGCUAUAAAAUAACAGAAGCUAUUUGGUCCUUUAAGCGAGAAGAAAGCAAGCAAGCUUGCUAGGAAAGAAAGAAAGAAAAACUAACACAAUCAGUACACUUGCCAGGGGAAAUAACAUUAGGAUCAAAAAUUUGCUAGCUUGACACAGGCUUGUUAUAAAUCUCACAAAAAUCGAUCACUUGUGCAAUCAAUGCUGAAACCGCAAAGCGGCUCUGAAUGAAAUCCUAUCGACUUUCCCUCAUUGAUUCUUCAUUGGUAGUUCAACUUAACAAGUCAUGGCUUCGAAAAUAGGGUAAAGAUAAAGAUCGUCGAAAUUUAGGGAACUCUACGCAAGCAUGCGAUCUGCUGAUUAUCAAGAUUAUCCAAUUAGUCCCGCUAAAAUUUCCUGUAGUUAUACAUAACUUUGUAAAUGUUUAGACAGUCAACCGAUCAAAAUGACUAUCUGCAGGUUUUCGGGUAGUGACGUCACUGGGCGGGAUUAGUGGCUCGUUGAUUUAGACGUCUUUCUCGCCGGGGAGUUUGCAACUCGAGUCGACGGCUGCAAUUUAGGCUAUUUAAGAGUUGAAUAAACUUGGUCGACAAACGUACACGUUUCUGUUCAGAAAUCGAGACCAUGCAUUUCCCCUACCAGCACAAAACACUAAUGUUGUCUUUGUGUGAAUCGUUUCAGUUGAUGCUUCCUUGGAGGCUCAGCUCGAAAGCAGCAGGAAGCGGAGGCUAACUGAGAACUAUGCAGGUAAUAUAUGUUAGAAACAUUUGUUGCUAAAAAUUCUCUUCUUUAUAUUGCCUACCCAUUACGUGUUUCAUUGUUUCUGUAUACUUCGCUGCACUUUCAUUUUAAAACAUAGUGAGAAAACACAAAUCAGGAGUCACGCACAUAGUGACGCAAAUGAGUCGCCUCAUAGAAUUAGCUUUACCUCAGUCUACACUUUUGAAUCAAUUGCACUCAAUUACAGUCUAUCAGGAGGCGGAAAUAAGGUCGUAAAUCCGCCCCACCCAGCGGCCCCAAAUACAACGUUGUGUCUAUGUUCAAGUGUUCCUAGACUCAGAAUUAUGUUUUCUUCAGCAGGUGCUUUCUCCGAUGAUCAGUGCUCAACACAAGCCAAAAGGAGAAUGUAUACUGUUAGUACAUCUCAGCAAACUGAAUCCAUUACCCAGCAGCCUCUUGCAGGUAUCUCUUGGUUAAGUUACAAUGUAUUGAAUUGUGAACGGGACUAAAUAUCUAUGGCCGGCCAGUUUAUGGUUCACUGUAUACUUCAAUUAAAGUCCACCUUUAAAUCAGAGAUGUAUAUCCGCCCUGGACUAGUUCCGCUGUUUUCUGUUUGGUUUUGUUUGUUUGUUUUGUUUUGUUUUGUUUUUUUUUUUUUUGCACUCUUUGUGCUUCACAUUCUUUUCAAUAUGCAAUAAAGAAAAACAAAAUAGCUAGGAGGUAAGUGUGCCACCUGAUAGAGAUGGCUUCAACGAGUCCAUACUUGGAAACUGAAUUAUACUGUAGUCGAUCUAUCAAAAGAUAAUGAGGUCGUGAAUCUAUGUAAUAAAAGCAAUUCCCCGGAUCUAAUUUGUAGUAUUUUGUCUUCGUAGGGGCACCCUCUCAUAUCAUAGACGAGAUUCGCCAGCUUUACCAAAGCCGUGAAGGAAAUCUGGCACCAUUCACUUGGUGUGAUUAUCCUAAUUUUAAUAUGAAUGAUAUUUUUACCCGAUUGAAGAUUGUGAACAGAGAAAAAACACGAGGAACAUUGACAGACGACGAAAUCACCAACAUGACCGCUAUCUUUAGACCCCACCCGAAGUGCCAGAAACCACGUAAAGUAUUGAUUGAAGGGGAUCCUGGCAUGGGAAAAACUACCUACUCACAAAAACUGGCGUAUGACUGGGCAAACAAACAAAAUGAAUGGGACGCGUCUUUUCCAGAGAUUGAAGUGCUGCUCUUGCUUAGAUGCAACGACAUAAAAUCUAGCAUUUGGGAAGCUAUUGAUGAUCAAAUUCUUCCUGAAGAUAUCGACGAAAAGGCCAAGGAGACUUUCAUCAAAUACAUAAAGGAAAAUCAGUCCAAAGUUCUGCUAUUGCUGGAUGGAUUAGAUGAGGCAGACCCCUGUGAACGAGACAUCUACCUCUCACUGCUCACAUGUAAACUCCUCCCAGACUGUCACGUCGUCAUUACUUCGCGUCAUGAGGUUGGAAAGAAAGUAAGCCGAUACUGUGACAACCUGUGGGAGAUUGUAGGAUUCACCGAGGAGGAUUCGAAAAGAUUUAUCGGAAAAUAUUUUCAGGGCAACGAUCACUUAGCUGAGAAGUUUAUUAAAUAUUAUGUUGAAUAUUGGUAUGCUGACCCACCUGAUCCUAACGACCGCGCCCUAGCCGAUUUGGCGAAAAAUCCACUUAAUUUGACUUUACUCUGUUGUAUUUUCGAAGAUUCCGAAGAAGUUUUUUCUAACAGCAGCAGAACCCGAUUGUACAUUGAAAUCGUUCUCCUUGUUUUAAGAAGAUAUGAAGAAAAAAAUGGACUUGAAAGCAACAACGAUCAAGACUUGAUUUCAGUUUAUAGGGAAAAACUCAAACUUUUGGGCCGGUUCUCGUUACAUUCCCUUCAUGAGAGGAAGUGGUACUUUGAAAAAGAGAAGGAUAUGGACAAUUUUGGAUUCUUGUCUUUUCAACAAGGCGGCACUAGGAGCAAACCUUGCACACGCUGUGCAUUUUCACACAAAAGCUUUCAGGAGUUUUUUGCUGGUUUUUAUCUGGCGUUUCAGGUUAUCGACGGACAAAUUGACUUUGCCCACGUUUUAACCGAUGAAAGAUAUUUGAAGGAACUGAAAGAGGUUUUUUUGUUCAUGAGUGGAAUCAUAGCAUUCAAAAGCGAGGAAAUUGGAGAAUCCAUCCUUAUUUGUAUGGCCAAGCAUAUCAGUGGUCUUCUUCGUAGAUCCGACCAAAAAGUUAAAUCGUAUAUGGCGUUGGCUUGUGCGUGUGUUUUUGAAUGCGAUUACAGCCCCCUUGUAAAAUUGAAGUGGAAAGAUGAGAGAGAGCUAACUUGCUUUGAAUAUACUUUCGGUACGCACCUUGACAUCUCCUCCCUCACUGAAGUGGAUUUAUCCUCCGCUGAAAUACAGAAUUUUGGUGCUGCUGUGAUUUCCGUGGUCCUCGAAAAAAACUCCUCCCUAACUCAUUUGGAUUUGAGUUUCAACCUCUUUGACGGUGUUGUUCCUUCUCUUUCCAAGGCCCUCAAAGCAAACUUCUCCUUGACUUCUUUGAAUUUGAAGGGUAAUUCUGUUGGUGAGGAUGGCGCUUCUUCUCUUUCCAAGGCCCUCAAAGCAAACUCCUCCCUCACUGAUUUGAAUUUGAGUCAUAACAGAAUUGGCGACGCCGGUGCUUCGUUUCUUUCCCAGGCCCUCAAAGCAAACUCCUCCCUGACUGAUUUGAAUUUGAGUAUAAACAGUAUUGGCGACGCCGGUGCUUCUUCUCUUUCCAAGGCCCUCAAAGCAAACUUCUCCAUGACUGAUUUGAAUUUGAGUUGCAACAGAAUUGGCAACGCCGGUGCUUCUUCUCUUUCUAAAGCUCUAAAAGAAAACUCCUCCCUGGUUGUUUUAGGUUUGACGGAUAACUUUAUUGGCGACACUGGUGCCUCUUGUCUUUCCAAGGCCCUCAAAGCAAACUUCUCCCUGACUGAUUUGAAUUUAAGUUGCAACAAAAUUGGCGACGCCGGUGCUUCUUCUCUUUCUAAAGCUCUGAAAGAAAACUCCUCCCUGACUGGUUUGAAUUUGACGGAUAACUAUAUUUGCAACACUGGUGCUUCUUGUCUUUCCAACGCCCUCAAAGCAAACUUCUCCCUGGCUGAUUUGAAUUUAAGUUGCAACAGUAUUGGCGAUUGCGGUGCUUCUUGUCUUUCCAAGGCCCUCAAAGCAAACUUCUCCCUGACUGAUUUGAAUUUGAGUUACAACAGAAUUGGCGACGCCAGUGCUUCCUCUCUUUCUAAGGCUCUAAAAGAAAACUCCUCCUUGACUGAUUUGGAUUUAAGUGGUAAUAGUAUCGGCGACACUGGUGCUUCUUGUCUUUCCAAGGCCCUCACAGCAAACUCCUCCCUGGACACAUUGGAUUUGACUGAUAACAGUGUGGGUGUCGCUGGUGCAGCUUUUUUUAAUGAGGCCUGUAAGAUAAACAAAAAAGUGAAUGUACGCUUAUAAAAGGAGCAUUAAUUUAAUUUUUACUAGUAAGUCAGAGAUUAAGGUUGUAAUAUUGACGUGCCCGAAGUAUGAAAGUUAAAAGUGGAAGCGGCUGGAAGUUACUUCAGUUCAUGUAUCUUGUUCUUAAAUUGCCUCGACAAGAAUUUUUGUGUUGGUGGGCUACGGUUCUAAUUAUUUUUUCUUCGAGGACUUCUGCUGUGCUUCAAAUAAAGAAACAGGUGUUUUUUAAAGGAACAUGUUCGAUCAGGCCUUUGUAGAGUGUCUUGAGUAAUGACUGAUAUCACAAGUCAGUAAAAGCUCUGUCUAUUGAUAUUGAAAUACAGAUUAGGAUUCUUGUCAUGUACUUUUAUGUCUCAUUUAUUUUCU